AUGAAGAAGAUGAAAGAGGAAUAUAUCGGCGUCGCCUGUACGGUGUGCGGGGCUGGCGCCGAUGGGCUGCACUAUGGAGCGGUGUCGUGCCGAUCGUGCAACGCGUUCUUCCGGAGAGCUGUUAGUUACAAGCAGUACAACACCUACGAGUGCCGCUACAUUGGGAAAUGCGACGUGACGGUGGAGGGCAGGUGUUCGUGCCGGGCCUGUCGAUUUCAGAAGUGUAUCGAGGCGGGCAUGAGAAUUGAAUCCGUCCAGCCGCGUCGAGACCCAACCGGCUCCCAGAAGGAUCGAAAACGCAGAAUGGGAUCCGAGGAGGAGGACUCCUCCCCCGAAAUGCAAUUCAAAAUCGAGCCCGCCGACAGCCCGACCGAGCAAAAGUACGAGCCGUACGUCAUGUCUCCGCCGCCCCCAAUCAAUAAUGCGUCGAAUGGGAUUGUCAAAUUCGCCAACGAUGGCCCGAUGGAUCUCCUCCAGGGCAAACCAUUUUUCGAGCGAUUUAACGAGAAUCGCUACAAAAACGCCGGCUCGAUUCGUGAGCAACUCACCGAGGACGACCUGUUCGACGAAGCCCAGAUGGACCCAUCUGAAGUGUUCGAGCGGCUCCUCAUCUGUUACCGCGAACAUGUGGAACAUAUGAGGUUGAAUAUGCUGUCCGCUGAGGAAUUCUUGAAGCCGAAGCAGCGCCGCGCCAUGGUCCCCGACGACGUCGAGAAUCUCAGCAAGGCCGAGCUGGCCGGUCUCAUGUACUGGCUGAACAAAAUGACGCCCUAUCCCUUGCUGCCGGAACCGGACCGGCAAGCCCUGAUGAAGCGUUUCUCGGUGCGAAAACUCAGUUUGGACCACUUUUACUACGCUUCACAGCAUAAGACCGAACUCGUCCCCCGCAACUUUUGCAUGCUAAAUAACACCUUCGUCCCGGACGGCCGUACCGGAUUCGAGCUAAAAACCGACGACGAGAAGCAGGUCAAAGCCAAGCAACAAAUCUUCCGCCCCACGUACGACCGUAUGUGGCGUACCGUCAUCAUCCCUUUCAACAACAUGGAGAUUAUCGACGCCGAGGUCGUCUUCCUGCACGGACAACUCUUGUGGAGUCCGCUGAACAGCAUCCACGUCGAGAGCCAUACCCGAAAAGUCCUCCAAGAACGCCGCGAAUGGUUCACGAAUCGGCUGCACGAGUACUACCGUAACCGCGGGCUCGACGAGGUCGACGCCGGGUUGAGGCUGGGCAACAUGUUCAUGAUGCUGUCGGAGAUUGAGACAAUCUGCAACCAGCAUUGCCACGAUUUCCAGGUCUGCAAGCUGUUCGAGUUCUGCGACAUGAGCCAGUUCUGGUAUGAAAAGAUCUGCUACACCCCCGUCAACACGAUGGCGGUUAGCCAUCAGCAGGAACUGCGAGACGAAGCCAACAGGGCUGAUCAACAAGCCCUGAAAGACCGUCUCAUCCAGAUGCACGAGGAGAAGAGGCGGAAAGAUGAGGAGAUGCGGAUCCGGGCCAGCAUUCCCUUGCCAACCAUCGAAGACAGGACCUAUACUCAUAAACUCAUCGAAACGCUGGUCAGCGUCGAAGAAGACAGCGAAGAAGGAUUCGGUUUCGGCCCCGAAACGUGCUUCAUCUCCCCUCCCACACCGAUGCAGAUGCUCAAUCCACCGCCAAAGGAGGGCGAACCGGCCCGGAAACGAUCCCGGAAAACAACCGCGGAGAACGAGAAGACAAUGCCGUCUCUCCAGACCGCAAAUCUUCUAAAAACCGUUCCGGUGCACCAUCAAACCUUCACGGAGAAGAAAUACGAGCCCACCGAGUACAACUACUCGUUUGACCGCCCGCGCAUUGUGGAGAGCCAGGGCUCCCUCUCACCCCCGGAUCUGCAGAUGGAGUACAAGAUGAAGGACUACUUCAGCAAGGACAGCAAAAUCAAAAUCGCCGGCCCGGGCUUCAUCAAAAUGGACCAGAGCCAGCGGAUGAACGACAUCAAGGCGCUGAUUUACAACCCCGAUGGGGACCAGAUGGACAAGCUCGACAAGAAGCGCUCCCACUCCGUGGAGUUGCCCUCGUCGAGCGACACCUCGCCGGAAAGUAUCGACAUCCGCACCCCGCCCCCAUGGAUUUUA